AUGUCUGGACAACAGUUCCAGCAACAUUCACAACAGCAGCCACAACAACAGCGUGCGCCAGUCAGUUUCAACAACAACAAGAACGGUGCCCAAAACCAAAACAACAAAAGCAACUCUACUGCUCACUCAGCGACGAACUCGUCAGCUAACGGUUCGUCUUUCGAGUACGCCGAACCGCCGGUAGCCGGGAACACGAAUAGAACUACUCCUGACUCGGGCCUCGGAACCGACGAUCAGAAACAGUCAACCACGCCGGCGAAUACGGCCGCUCGUGGCGGACCGCCGGGUUUUAACCAGAAUCGCGGUCCACCACCACAUCAUCAACGACAUCAGCAACACCAUCAAAACAAUCUGCACCAUCCACAGCAGCAGCAACACCAACAAGCUCAAUACUAUCAGAUGCGACCACAACAACCGCCAAAUGGAAUGGUAUACUAUAAUGUCCAGCAGCAAAAUCAGCAUGGAGGAGGUCAGUAUGCUCCUCCACCAUCUCAGCAACAGGAGGGAUUUGAUCAAUCUUAUGGUGCUGGAGGAUAUGAUGGUGGACAGGGACCACCACCGCCACCACCACAUCAGCAACAUCAAAACCAGCAACACCAUCAAAGAGGACCGAACUUUCGGCAGUACCAGCAAAUGGAUGGCCCUCCAGGCGGCUACGGAGGGGAUGACGGUAACAACAAUUUCGUAAUUCACGGACCAAAUGAUGGCUUUGACGGGCGACCACAGUACAACCCACCUGCUGGCUCGCAAGGACCACCACAACCAAUGCAGCAACAUCAGAACCAGCAGCAAAUGGCAAAUCAGGGAAAUUAUGAGAUCGAUCAGUUCCGACCAGGAGGUCCACCAUCAGUACAAGGAUAUCAGCCUCAGAACAAUCCACAGCAAGCUCAAUACUAUGCGGGUUCCGUCAUUCAGCAAGGAGCUCCUUAUCAACAGGGAUAUAGUGGCGGCGGAGGAGGACAGUAUCGUGGAGGACCACCGCCACAGGGACCAGCACCAAUCAUGCAGCUAAUGCCACCUCAUGGUCAGCAGGCUCCACAACAUCCACAACAAGCGGUGAUCUACGGUAUGCCGAUGCCGACAGCGAUGUAUGUUCCAGUGCCGGCUCCAAUCGUUGUCCGUCAGCAACCGGUGGUGAACUCUCAUUCGGAUACUGGGAAAGAUAGCGGAAACCAAAAUAGUGCUCGGAAGAAUAAACGAAACAGUCAGAAUGAACAAUUGGAGGAGGGUCCGCAGAGCCAGCAUGAAAUAUCAGCUCAACAACAGCAGCCACCACCACAACAACAACAUCAGCAGCAGCAACCUCAACCGUCUCAACAUGCUCCACAGCAACCACAAGGAUAUCAGGAGUUUGUUCCAAAUCCGUACCAUCGUCAGAUACCAGCUACCGGCUACGGUAACUUCCAGCAUCCGCCACCGCAACAUCCACAACAACAGGUGGACCCACAGAUUGUUGCACAGCAACAACAAAUGCAUCAUAUGCAGAUGAACCCGUAUGGAAUGAUGCCGCAUCCCGGAGGACCGCCUCCACCUCAUGCAGCCACUAUGAUGAACCCAAUGGGAAUGAACCCGCAACAACAACAAUACCCAUACAUGCCGAUGGCCGCACCACACCAGAUGGCUCACAUGCAGCAACAACAUCAACAGCACCAGAGACGUCAAGGAAACGUAGAACCACUCAUGGGUGCCCCACCAUUCCAAAUGGCCCAAAUGGGUCCAGGGAGGGGUGGAUUCAUGCAUCAGCCAAUGGGAUACUUCAAUGCCCCAACUUCUAGAGGAUCAGGGCGAGGUGGUAGAGGAGGACGAGGAGGAAGCAACAACUAUAACCACUCCCGUCAAAACUCGAAUCAAAGCUGGCAUUCUCAGAAUCAAGGAGGACAGGGCCCUCGUAGCGGAGCUGGUAACCAAUUCGAUCACUACCAACAACAGGACCAUCAGGAUGACGAUGUUUCUCACGUCACGAACCGUAUUGAGCUCCUGAAGCCUGUAUCGCAUGCUGGAUCACCAAGCAAGCAGAUACUACAGCUCGUGGAACCAAAGGAGGAUGCCAACAUGGAUGUCCAGAACUCAGCUGAAGGUAGCCGAUCAAGUACUCCAAGGCACAGAAAGAAGAAGGAUUCAAAAAAUCAGAAGACAGAUGUUAAGGAGUCGUCGAAAGCAGAAGAUGAGCCAAAGCCUGUAGAGGAAGUGAAUGAAAAGACCCCAGCUGUUGAGGAGCCAACAGAAGCCGUUGAAGUUAAAGAACUUGCUGCGCAACCAGCACCAACUGGGCUUCACUGUUACCGAUGUGAAUAUUAUAAAUUGCCAGAAGAGGAAGUAUCUUCUCAUAACAUUCGCAAAGAUAAUGGUGAUUUGUGGUGUGAAUACAUGAAGAAGAUCAAAUGUGAACACUGUGAGGCUACCGGCGAGAAAGGACACCAUCCGCUGGUCUGUCCAAAAAAGAAGGAGGAAGAACGAAUCGCCAAGUCUCGGGAGUCUUCUCGUGGCGGUCCAACUCCACCAGUCCACAGACAACGUGAUCUACAGGAAAUUGUGGACGAUCAAGACGCCGUUACUGACUCCCCAUCACCGCCAGUACAAUAUCAGCAGAAGUCUCGUCAGAACUCAGAAAAUCGUUCUGAUAACCGUCCGUAUCAUCAAAGAGGCGACCAACGUGGAUAUGGCGGAAACGGUAAUAACUAUCGAGGACGAUCUUCUGGAGUGAACGGACAGCGUGGCGGAAGAGGUGGAGGAUACGCACGGGGUCGAGGUUCUGGAAAUUAUGAGGUAGAUAUUGUUCUGUGCGAGACCCCCUAA